CAUUAAACACAAAGCAGGCUCAAAGAAUUGUGGGUAAAACAUGUCUGCGCUGUUCUAUUAACCACCUUGAUGUUUUGUUUCAUUGCUUGUGGUUGGAAGCAUUUUAGUCUUUAAAACGCUUUUGUUUUUGUAAACAUCGAGGCUGAAGAUGUCGGAACUCGCAGAGCAGAGCAGCGGUUCCGGGAGGAAGCUCCCCAAAGCGGUCGUUUCUGAAAUACUGCAUAAAAACUUCGAAAAGCUUCCUGAUCUCGACCAGAAACUCUUCACCUUGGGGCCAUUGUAUCUGGCGGGGAACGCGGGGUUUGCAGGGCUGAUAUCGAACAGUCUGUACCGGCGGGCCCUGAAUGUGCACGCCGCGCGCCUCGCCUCGAGCCUGCCGAUGGCCGUGCUGCCCUUCCUGACCACCAGCGCCCUCUACAACGCCGUGGUGUCUCAGCCCCUCCUGUCGGGCGACCUCAACUGCCCCAGCUGCUCCAUGAUCCGGGGGGCUGUGGUGGGUGUGCUGGGCGGCGCGGUGUACCCCAUCCUUCUGGCGUUACCCCUGAACAUCGGCCUCGCGUCCAGGUACAGCACGGCGCCCCUGCCCGGGAAGGGCAACCUGCUGCGGUACUGCCUGGACGUCUCCAGGCCGGUCCUCAACAAGAUGCGGGCGGUGGUGCUGCUUCAGGCUUUCUUCGGAACCUACCUGGGCUCCAGACAUUUUGAAACCUACUUCAAACUCGCCCGGAUAUCGUUCGGUCAGAACGAGGAGCUGCAGGACUGAGACGCUCUAAAUUGGAGGCACGCGCGCCCGUCCGCGCGCUCACACAGAUCCGAAUCAGCCAUUGAACAAAAACUUCCAAGUUUAUUCUUAUUAAAUUUAAGAAAAAACUAUGAGCCUCCAAAGGAGUCGUUCAUUUAAAAAGUUUAAAUGAAAAUAAAUCUUAAUUUUGCUGUGAUGAGAAUCGUAUUUUUGGUGUUUUUAACGCACUCUUGCCAUUUUCUCAUGAUGGAGGAUGUUUGUUCAGAUAUUGCUAAUAAAAUUCUAUUUCUAAGUAUUAA